UAGAAUAUUUGCAUAUUAAUAUAUUAUUGUUAGUUUAUUUCGUUCGUAACAAUUGUUUGUUUAUUAACAAUCGUUCAGAUAUUUGCCCAUGUGAAAUAUAGUAUUCUUUUAUCCCGAAAUUAGUUUCAGAUAACUGGUGUCGAUGUGCCCAUUUAGAGGAUUGGUUCCUCUCACCUUAUUCAGUAAGUGGUUUAGGUUGAUAUCAUUCUCGUAUAUCUUUAAAUUAAGGAUAGAAAUUGAAAAGAGGAGAAUCAAUAGUUGAUUUAGAAUACUGAUCAGCAACACAGAUUCCCGAGUCCCAUGUGCAAGAGGCCUUCAGUUUUCUGUCGAGUGGAUAAAGAAGAAGACAUGUUUGUUCCAUCAGCAAAAAUUUCUCGCAGAGGCCUUGAGGUAGGCCCUCCAAAAGAUAACUUCAUGACUAUGAUACUCCAUUGCGCAAGAAAGGCAGGUAAUUAAAUUACAUGGGUGUCAGAUAGUGUUUUCUUUACACUUCUAUAUACAUAAUUUAGAACUUGCUUGUUAUUUAUGCAUACAAAUAAAACAAGAUCUGCAGAAGUGCAAGAUGAAACAGUGUUGUGCAUUUAUGUAUAGUUAUCUUCACAGACAACCAUGUGCUCCAACUUCAUCUACAUGUAAGAAAAAUCAUGUGGGCUAAAGAGUCUUUAAAUAGAUGCUAUGAUGAGUGUGCACUAUGAAAAAGCUAGAGGGAAAGAGGAAAGGGAAUAAUGCAGCUUUAAGAAUGGGCUUAAAUGGGAUAAGAUUCACUUUAUCAGGGCCUUGCAAAGAAGCUUUGUUAACUACAACUCAUGGCACCAAAAGAAACAAUAGUCUCCAUGUUUAAGUGACUUUUAGCUUAAAAGAAUCCUCCUUUUUCUUUUUAAACACUUUGUGCCAAUUGAAGCUUAGGCAGACGAGAUUCUUCGAUGUGGUACAUCAAUGGUGGAUGACCCAACUCAACUUUGUUGCUAGUGGACAGAGAAAAUUAUUUAUGAAUUUUUUGCUUUAAUUUUGUAAUCCAUAGUUGGAUUUUUUUUGUCAGUUGCGACUGUUGUAAUCUGUAAAAAGGAUCACUUUCCAGGUUUUAGCUUUGGCAGAGCUUGUUUGAUCUCUCUCAAUAGACUUGGCAUUAGAACUGGCUAUGAUUGAUCUGCAUUGCCGCAGCUCAUGCUUGGCAACAAUCAUGGAGAAGGUAAGAUCGAUUUCAGAAUCAAUCACGUAGAAUCCUUAGCAUUUUAUGGUCAAAGCACAACCACUGCAUGACUGCAGCCGCGACUAUUUUACACUAUUCGCCCAUGAUUUCAAUGUCUCCAAGAUUUAUUUUUUAGUUCAUCACGUCCAACAUGAACUUCUGUGUCAGUAUUUUAAAGGACACAGAUCAGGCACAUGUAUUAGAAGAAAUAAUAGCUCCAAAGCAUGAUGUUUAGAAGACGCUAAAAAAGUUUUCACCAUCAUAACUUUGUCUUUUUUUCAUUUGUUUUGCUUAAACUAUUAGCAUGCUCUGUUCUGCUUCAUUAUUUACAGGCUUCUUCACAGAUCUUCAUGCCGCCACUGUCCAAUUAACUAUACUGCCAAACAUCAGUCAAACUUUGAUAGAAAAUUUCCAGGUCUGUUCAUAGAUUAUUACAUUAAUAUCUUCGAGUUUGUCAGCAUGGAUCCAUUUCCAUGAACACAGGAUAGCUUCAACCAUUGAAGCUCACCGAGCGGAUCCAAGGCCGAAGACAGUACGUUGCAUGCACGUGAGGAGCCCAGGUAGCACGUGUCUACCCCCGGUGGGUGGGAUUCGAGGCGGCAGAGAAAUUUAAGCGAGCGCUGUAGGAGCAGUAAAAAGCGUGCUGUGGAUGGGAAAAGCGAAGCAGAGAGAGAAGCGAUGAACCAUUCAGCUUUUUUACUUGGAGGACGAGGGAAGAAGACAGACGCCGCUGCGUUAACGUAUUCUGAUGCGGUAUAUAAUAAUGACGUUACGUCGCUGCUAAAAGGACUCUGAGACUGUGUGUGUGAGAGAGAAAGAUAGAGAGAGAGAGAGAGAUAGGCGCGGUGGAGACGCCCAAGCUUUCGCAUCUUUUCUGGGCUUCUCUGCUCUGCUCCACGGUCACGGAGUCUACCUUUCUUCGACUCAUCACCUGGUCUGCUUUCCCUCCUCUUUUUCCUUCUCUUGAAGAGAGAAAAGGAACGGACUUUGUGGAGAAGUUGAGAGGAAGUGAAGUCUGCAGAUUGUAGUUUUAUUUUGAGAUAAAGAGUUAGAAAAUAGCAGGAGAGAAGGAGGUGGAUGGCGGAGCUUGUUUGCAGGAGGCGCUGGUUGUUGUGGUUGUUGGUGCUGGCGGCCGCAGCUGUCCAUUUACCGUCCGCCGCUGCCGUGAGCGGUCGCCCGGCUGCGAGGCAGAGGCUGGAGGUGCAGAGACAUCUCAAGAGGCUCAACAAGAAGGCCGUUACGAGCAUCAAGAGUCCUGAUGGAGAUAUGAUAGACUGUGUGCACAUCUCUCACCAACCAGCCUUUGAUCAUCCUUUCCUCAAGAACCACACUAUCCAGACCAAGCCAGCUUUCUACCCAGACGGCCUACUGUUUGAUGAGAGCAAGACUACAUCAGAGAACAAGAGCCCCUCCAUGGCUCAGUUAUGGCAUCAGAAUGGGAGGUGCCCUCAGAACACCAUCCCCAUCAGAAGGACAAGGAAGGAUGAUCUGCUGAGGGCCAGCUCCGUUAAACGAUAUGGCAAGAAAAAACACAGGAGCCUCCCAAAUCCAAUGUCAGUUGACCCUGACCUUCUCAAUGAGAGUGGUCAUCAGCAUGCGAUUGCUUAUGUAGAGGGGGAUUCCUAUUAUGGAGCGAAGGCGACCAUAAAUGUGUGGGAGCCAAAGAUUGAGCAGCCCAAUGAGUUCAGUUUGUCUCAGCUCUGGAUUCUGGGCGGCUCCUUUGGGGAGGACCUCAAUAGCAUUGAAGCUGGUUGGCAGGUUAGCCCAGACCUGUAUGGGGAUAACAACUCAAGGCUGUUUACUUACUGGACUAGUGACUCUUAUCAAGCAACAGGCUGCUACAACUUGCUCUGCUCUGGGUUCAUUCAAAUUAGCAGUGAGAUUGCAAUGGGCGCAACAAUCUCUCCGUUAUCCAAAUAUAGAGGUUCCCAAUAUGAUGUUAGUAUACUUGUUUGGAAGGAUCCAAAAGAAGGGCAUUGGUGGAUGCAGUUCGGGAACGACUACGUGCUUGGCUACUGGCCGUCGUUCCUCUUCUCAUACCUAGCAGACAGUGCCUCCAUGAUCGAAUGGGGAGGUGAAGUAGUGAACUCAGAGCCGGAUGGCGAGCAUACCUCCACUGCAAUGGGCAGUGGUCAUUUCCCUGAAGAAGGAUUCAGCAAGUCGAGCUACUUCAGGAACAUUCAAGUUGUCGACGAAUCAAAUAGCCUGAAGGAUCCUCGAGGAAUCAGCACAUUCACCGAGCAGUCCAACUGUUACGAUGUGCAGACGGGCAACAGCUAUCGAUGGGGGCACUUCUUCUACUACGGUGGUCCUGGAAAAAAUUCCAAUUGCCCAUAAAAACCACUGAAUUCCCUCUGUACAUUUAGGCAUUAUAUAGUUUUGGUUUUGCGAUCCUUUGUGGUUUUAGCCGUCUCUCAGUGGAAGAGCUCAGAGAGUUGGGAAAAAAAAAUUCGGGUUUCUCUAAGAGAAAUUGCCCUGUUUUAGGGUAUCGCUCUUGUAACUCUUUCUUCUGAAUCAUUUGUCCAGUUUUAUCAUGGUAGCGAAUGAGGUAGUUUCUGCUUAA